AUGGCUGCACUCGGCGUAGCCCGCGUCCAGCUCCUGGCGGGCCCCCGCGCCCCCCGCAGCAAACUCAGCACCAGGAUAUGCGCUGCGAAAGAGACGCGGUCUUUCCGCGAGGGCGACGAAGAGGCAGUGGUGACCAAGCCCACCACCACAGAGAACGCGCCCCUCUACGCUGACGAGGCCAAGGUUGCGGCCGCUCGCAAGAAGGACAACAUGUCGAAGGAGAUGAAGGCGCGGCUCAGGAAGGAGUACGUGGGCUUUGGCGGCGCGGAGAACUCGGCCAUGUCCAACAACUACUUCCUGUGGAUUGCCAUUAUCAUAUCCGUGCUGGCAGUGAUGAGCAAGAUGAUUGGCGCGAUUUAA